UAGUAUCAACCAGACUAUCACGCGAUCAUCCGAAUAUUUAACGAAAAUUUACCAAAAAAUGAACCGAAUAUUUAUACUGCAUCUAAUUUUUACAAUGGGUUAUUGUGCUAAUUACAAACGAUACGAUGAUAGUUCUCAGUAUCCAACAUACACUACUGCCUCAAAUGUAUACAGUGAAAAUCAAUUUCCAUACAAGACCAACUAUGGUGCUGACAUUGCAUCGUAUUCUGAGUCUAAUAAAUAUCCGAAUUACAAAUCAGUGUAUUCAACUGGCAGUUCUAAUACUAAUUACCAAUCAGGCUACAGUACACCGAACUACGGUCGUGGCUACGGAUACGGUGGGCAAUACAGUCAAGGUGUGAGCCCGUAUGAGGUGCCGUAUGUUGGUUACAACUCCGAUUACUGCGUGAACCGUUCGCCUCAGCAAGGAAUAUUUGUGAACGAUCUGGGUGGCAUGUGGUAUGGUGUGGAGCUGAUCCAGCACUUGUCUGGCGAUCCAGGAGUCGAUUAUGAGAAGCGCUGCAUAAGCGUACACAUUUCGGAGCCACAAGAAAAGCCUUCUACUGAGAACCAGCUAUACCACGUACAGAGUAUAAUGGCGAAGUUCAACCAGCAGCAUCGCCAUUUGCGUCUGCUUUGGGACGAAAACGGGCACAUGACAGAAUAUUCGCUAUUCUUUCGCAAUGAAUCGGCCGGUUAUUGGGAGACGUUUGAUAAACAGAAUGGGUCCUUGGCAGCGCGUCCUCAUUAUCAACAAUUUACCGGAACGGUACAAGUCUUGAAAGCAGUGAAAGACCACCUGGUUCUGAACUUUUGUCAGGCUGCAUCAAACGGAGCACCAGCCCAGCUUUACUCGGUGCUUUUUUCACGAGAACCUGGCCCCAUGCCUCAAUGGGCGAUCACCGCUGUACACAACUUACUUCAAACCAAAAAUUUGUCCAUCGCCUCUCGAAGAAUGGUAUGCGGUAAUGGCGCGGACAAACCCAUGUUGAGCCUUCUUUUCUCUUUUAUGUCUUGUGUAUUAGCGUAUGUUAGUUUAUCGUAAUUAAAGAGCAUUUAUAAAACAAAUAAUAAUACUUAACAAUAUGAGACUUUAUCCUGUUCUUUAAAUUAAAAAAUUUGAUGUUUUGCCAUUAUUUUAGGUUAUCUAUAAAAAUUAAAAUUACUAAGAGCUUCUUAGUUAUUCCGGCCUUAUUUUUACGAGUCUGAUGAGGCAUUUAUUUUUUAAAUUACACGUUAUUGCAAUAAAUUCGAUCACUAAUUAGUCUUGUCACAAAUCAGACAUCAUUUCUUGCAAAAUAAAAAAGUUCGUUAAAAUUAAAAGCGUUGCAGUUUGUAUUAACAGUCUUCUCCCUCAUAUAUUGACAAAGAAUUUGAGAAUAAUAUGUUUGUAAAAUAAUAACAAAAUCUACGAAAAAUAACUUAAACACAUAAAUAGCUGAAGUAGCUACUUGGUCGGAUUUAUUACUAAUGUUGUAGUUUAAAUUUGUAUUCUAAGUUAUUAUAUAUACUUACCUAAUAUACUAUGCAGGUACAACUGAUGCAGGUUUAUUAUAUUUGAUAAAUUGAGUAUUUGAGUAAGGUACGAGUAUGUCGGUAAAUAUAUUUACUUUUACUUUAAACACAGUUAAGUAGGUACAGCUCAGCCCUUGAAAUAAUGCGUUCCCGACUGGUUUUAUAAAAUGGACGAUUUAACUUUGAGCACAGUGUUGCUUUAAGAUAGUAGAAUUAUUUUUAUUAUUUAUUUGCCCUGCAAAUUAAUAUCAUCAAAAACUAUACCUAUACUUACUUAUAUCAACUUACUAAAUUACAUUUUGCGCUAACUUGAUUCUAAGCUUCUUCAUUACGAAGAAGCCUAGUAGGCUUUUAAUAAAUCCUUUUAUACCGACAAGUUACAAAUUAUACGAACACAUUAUAAUUAAAACUAGGUCUGCACUGAUAAAUCAGAUUAUACUUACUUAAUUACUGCAAAAAAGUAGUGAGCUGACAAUAGCAACAUUAAAUCAAUGCAAAGAAGCGUCUAACUCAGUAGGUAACUAUUUAAAAAUAUUUAUUUAUUAGUUUAAAUAUGU